GGCCGGUGAUGGGCCACCCUUGUUGUCCCCUUUGCUCUGCGCCUCUGCCCCUCCCAGUCCCAGUAUCGCUUCCUGGUUCCCUCGCCGGAUAUUUCACAGCCGCAGCCGCCGGGAGGCCCCUGUCCGUUCACCGCCGGCGGCCGAAUCGGCUCGCCGCCCUCCCCUACUGACGAAGAAUCCCAUGCGCACUCAAGAGUAAGCUUUGGUCGCCAUGGCGUGGGAGCUUACAGAGGUUGCUGGUAACCUAACGUCCCUCCAACAUUCUACAGUUGAUGUGCUAGCUGCGAAGAUUGAACCCCAUGUAGCCAAUGCCCUUAUCCGGCAAUUGAAUCAGGUAUGCCCAUUAGAGAAUCUGCGGCAUGUUAAGCGGGUGCGUCGGCGUAUUGAAUGUGAAAAACCUGAGCUAUCGAUCAUCUUAUGCCUUCCCUUUGGGCCUGAAAAUUGUAAAAAUGGGUUUCCCGAUCAUGUACAGAAGGUAGUAGAGACUUACCAGUUGAUACCUUUUAUUGCCAAAGUUGCCAGUUGUCCUGCUAUGUCGAAAGAGGACUGGGAGGAACAGUGCAAACUUUGGCCAACUUCUUAUCAUCCCCCGCAUGACAUCGAUGGUGCAUCUGGGUUUAAAGAUGAGGAAUUACCAUCAAUAUUUGAUUGCAUGAGGACUGCUAUCCAAUUAUCAGAGGUGGGCAACGCGGCCAUUAUUGUUGAUCCAUCAAGUAUGCAAAUUAUUUCGAAGGCUGCAGAUCAAAUACACCAGCAUGAUGCUUCUCUAAAAAGGAAUACAUGUGUCAGAGUGGAAUCAGAUGGUGCCUCCACCUUAGCUGAAACAACUGAGGAUAAUGAUAGGAAGUUUUUGCUGUCAAGCUCACAUGUUCGCAAUGACUUGAAGAUGGAGGUCUCCUGUAUAAACUUGUGGGGAUGGACGAAACAAAGGUCUUCAGAGCAGAAGAGAUUGCCUUCUGAAGGUGGUUUUCUGUGGCAUCCUCUGAGACAUGCUGCCAUAGUUGCUAUUGAAAAUGCUGCCGAGAGGGAUAAAAUGUUAUUCCAUACUUCAACUUCGUCAACAACCAAACUAAAAUUAAAAGGUGAUAUGCAGGUUUGUUCUGAUAAUCCACCAGUAAACUGGCCAAAGGAUAAAGAACAAUCUGCUCAUCAAGAAUGCUGGAGUGACUUGUCUAGAAGAAACAUGCCUUAUCUUUGCACAGGAUUUGACAUCUAUCUUGUUUGGGAACCAUGCACGAUGUGUGCUAUGUCACUUGUACAUCAAAGAUUCAAGCGCAUCUUCUAUGCUUUCCCUAAUCCAAAUGCUGGAGCGCUGGGCAGCGUCUACAGAUUGCAUAGGGAGAAGAGUUUAAAUCACCAUUACUCGGUUUUUAGGAUAAAAGUGCCCGAGCCAUAUUUGAAUGGUACGAGUGAUUUCUCUAACAAAUGCUGUUCAGAUUCUGCAUCACCUUAGUUUGGAAACAGCAUGAGCUUUUUAUGAAUGUUCCAUGACCCCCUUAUUUGGCUGAUUGGCUCCCCUGCAAGUCUUCCCUUGCCACCUUCAGUACUUCGGUAGCCGUUGCCUCCUGUCUUCUAGGUGUUGUGUUGCUUGGCUUCUGCUGUGUGUGCCUUCUCUAUCUGGGUGUUUGGCAACAUCAGGAGCUGUGUCUUAAUUGUUGGUGAUGUAGAAGGCUUCAGUGCACUGGAAUGUGCUUUUCUUAUUUCAGGCAAUUCUCGGCAUCUUAGAGGGGCUUGUCUGCUUUAGAGAUACUGUCCUGUGUAAUCAAACUUGACAUAAUCAAUUGUCCUGUGGAAAACAUAUAUCUUUAGGUCAUUCUAAAAAUAUAUAUCUUUAGGUGCUA